UUCCCAGCUUGGUCAAACAAUAAGUUUGAUCAAAUUAUCUCCAAAGUCAUACACUCAUCUUAGUAUUAAAGUUUCCAUUUUUUGUUAUUCCUAAUUAAUUAAUAAUUAGUUUUUUUUUAUCAACAUAUACCUUUUUAAUUUAAUCUUUUGGAGGCGGAGUUUUCUCUCUAACAUGUAGAGCUUCUCUGUCUAACAAAUAGAGCAAGUGUAUAUCACCUAGCUUUGUUUGGGAAGCAACAGUAGUUUCGACCAGAUCUAAACUUUUCAUUUUUGUUCUGCCUUUUCAUAAGCAAAGUAAGCUACCAAUUAUGGAACUUUAUCCUUUCUAUGGUUUUGUACCCAACACUGUCCCUUUUAUCUUCACAAGUCGUUUUCUAGAUCUCACAAAACAUUCUGUGUUCUUCAAAGGGCUCAUGCGUGGUGCUCUAGUAACCCAAGUUGAAGGGGCAACAAAAUAAUAAAUGGACCCCUAGAUUUAACGAAGAUCACUUGUCUGAUUCAAUCUCAUCACCUUGAGGGUCAGAAUUUUCAAAAGAAAGAAGGAGCAGAUAUGAGAAGGAGGCGUCAACCUUAAUAGGAACACGCCGCAUCCAUGAAGAAUCAUAAAGGGAGCUAUCUUUUGAAUGGAAAAUUAUCUCUUAUUUUUCCGAAAUACCAUGCAAGAAACAUACUAAUUGAUUGUUGAGGACCAGGCAUUCGAGUUGUUAGAAGGGAAGCUAACUUCUAUGCGUUUUGAUUUCAUUCGGUAAGUAAGCUCUUCGCAGUUUCUCACAAUGGACCUUAUGCCAUUGCAGGAGCAGUGCUAGUACUGAGAAGGUGGAGACCGGAGAUUUUUAUUUUUAUUUUUCUAAAGGUUACCCAUAUUCUGGUUGGGGUCUGGACGAAUGGUGUUCCACUCGAGUUUCACGAUGAGGAACCUGCGGAGAUGAUGACAAACAUAAUCAGAGGUGUUAAGAAGAAGUGGGAGGACUCUUGAAGGCACUUCUAAGGGGACAUUAUUGUUGCGUUUUUGUGGGCUGUGAUAGUGAAGUGGCAAAAAUGGAAAACGAAAUAAUGGAGCGUUUCAAAAAAUUCAAUUUGUCGGUAUCAGAGAAAAAAGGGAAAGAUCUGGGUUCGAAAGAAACAAAAAAAGGGGUAGAAGAAGGAAAAAGGAGCCUGGUGGGUAAGAUUUUUGGGGAGAUAAAAGCAAAUUUUUUGGGAGUGAAGAACGCCAUGGAAAAAUCAUGGAAUCAAAGGGGCUUGGUCAGAACUGAAAAAUUGAAAACGAACACCUUCCAGUUCGUGUUCUCAAAGGAGGAGGAAAGAGAUCUGAUUUUACGCCAAAGCCCUUGGUCCUUUGAUGGCCAUUUCCUGGUUCUACUUAAGUGGGACGAAAAUUUGGAUUACGAAAGAUGAAAGAUUCAACUUCUCCCCCAUAUGGUGCCAGAUCUGGAAUUUACUACCCCACUGAAUUUCGAAUGAGACGGGAUGGACUCUAGGGGAUUUGAUCGAGAAGGUCAAGGAUGUGAUGGUUCCUGAAGCCUUUGGGUCAGAAUAUAAGCAUAUUAAAGUGUUGGUGAACUUGGAUCUAAAAAACCCACUCGAAAGGGGUACACUAUCAAGGCACAAUGGCAAGGAAGUAUGGGUUGAGUUCAGGUACGAACAGUUACCUAACUUUUGUUAUUAUUGUGGUUGUAUUGGACAUUUAGAAAGGUCAUGUGAAUGUCGCAUGAAAGAUAUAGAUAAUAAUUGUGUAACUAAGGACCAAUUUGGUCCUUGGUUGCGAGUGGGUUACAGGAGAAGAGAGUUAAGAGAUUCUCAGAGAGGGAAUUUGGGAGAAAAAGGGAAAUCUGAUGAAGAAAAUAAGAUGGGACAUGGAUGGGAGCUGGAAGAAGGAAACGAUGGUAAUUUGGAAGAGAUGGGUAGUGUUAAGAAAAGGGUCUUUGAGAAAGGGGAGCGGAGUGGUACGAAAGAUAAUGGGAUAAGGGUAAAAGAGAGCAACAAGGAUGAAGACACAAUUGUAAAGGGGGGUGGGACUAUGACUAAUGUCCCUGUAUCUCAAGAAGGGGUAGGAAUAGAGGUAGAGCAAGAACUGGGAGUUACGGGGCGGAAUAAUACUUCUCGCAGCUGGGUAGAGGUGGUUUCUGGGCAUGGGUGUGUUGAGGGCUUGAUAACAUUGAGGAGAGGAAACUUAAAUAAUGUGUUGGAACAAGGUUUUGAUGUGGAGAAAGAUAGCAUUGGGAUUCAGGGAGAAAAUAUGGAUGACGAAGGAGAAUACUGGGAAGAGGAAUUAGAUGAGAAUAGCAGGGUUCUGACUGAUAUUACAAAACAAAAGUGAGAGUGGAAUGGGAAUCAUCAAGGUACAGGAGAAGUUGUAAGGAAGGGGUGUUGGAGGAAGAAAACGAGAAAAGAAACUGUGAGCUCUGGCAAUCAUGGUAAAAUGGAGAAGGAAAGAAAGGCAGAGGUGGGGAGCAAAAGAAUCAGGGAUGGAAGAGAACUAGGGGAAGAGGAGAACAUCAAACAUCAAAAGAAAGGUAGAUUGGAGGUUGGGGUUGAGAUGUUUAUCCUAAAAGAUGAAAAUAUACUGAUUGAUACUGAGGUGGGGGUAGCCAACCUAAACUGGCCCCAAAGUUUCCAAUGAGAGUUAUGUCAUGGAAAUGUAGAGGACUGGGAGGUCUCUCUACAGUUUCACACCUCAAAGAGUUAUGCAGGCUCUAUAAACCUGACUUGGUGUUUGUAUGUGAAACUAAGAAGAAAAGAAGCUUUGUUAAGACUGUUGGUAGGAAACUAGGGCUUAGGGAUAGAUGGUUUAUUGUGGACCCGAUUGGAAGAAAAGGGGGUAUGGCGAUAGGUUGGAGUACUGAGGUAACUGUGUUGGAUAUUAAGGCUUCUGAUUUCUGUAUAGAAGUUAACUUUAACUAUAAAGGCUCAACUGAGGCAAUGUGGGGGAUUUUUUUUUAUGCUAGUACUAGUGUAGAAGAAAGGAAAAUGCAGUGAUUGAAACUUAUCAAAAGG